GUCCCACACCCCUCUGGGGCCUUUGGGGGUGUUGGGGCCUCCGUGGGUCAGGCUGGCCCCCUGCCCUGGUCUGAGUCAGCAUCAUUCCCCCAGAUCUUUGAUAUCUACGUGGUCACAGCUGACUACCUGCCCCUGGGGGCCGAGCAGGACGCCAUCUCGCUGCGGGAGGGCCAGUACGUGGAGGUGUUGGACUCGGCCCACGCACUGCGCUGGCUUGUGCGCACCAAGCCCACCAAGUCCAGCCCCUCGAGGCAAGGCUGGGUGUCCCCUGCCUACCUGGACAAGCGGCUCAAGCUGUCACCUGAGUGGGGGCCCACGGAGGCCCCCGAGUUCCCAGGGGAGGCCGUGUCUGAGGAUGAAUACAAGACAAGGCUGAGCUCCAUCAUCCAGGAGCUGCUGAGCUCCGAGCAGGCCUUUGUGGGCAAGCUGCAGUUCCUCCAGGACCACCACAUUCAGCACCUGGAACGAUGCCCCCACGUGCCCACGGCCGUGGCCAGCCAGAAGGCAGUCAUCUUCCGCAACGUGCAGGACAUCAGUCAUUUCCACAGCAGCUUCCAGCAGGAGCUGCAGAACUGUGACACAGACGACGAUGUGGCCAUGUGCUUCAUCAAGAACCAGGAGGCCUUUGAGAAGUACCUGGAGUUUCUGGUGGGCCGCGUGCAGGCCGAGUCUGCGGUGGUCAGCACGGCUGUGCAGGACUUCUACAAGAAAUACACGGAGGAGGUGCUGUCCGCAGCGGACCCAUCGCAGCCGCCCCCACCACCCCUGCAGCACUUCCUGGAGCGGCCAGUGCAGCGCAUCCAGCAGUACCAGGCCCUGCUCAAGGAGCUGAUCCGCAACAAGGCGAGGAACGGGCAGAACUGUGCACUGCUGGAGCAGGCCUACGCGCUCGUGUCGGCCCUGCCGCAGCGCGCCGAGAACCAGCUGCACGUGUCACUCAUGGAGAACUACCCAGGCACCCUGGAGGCCCUGGGCGAGCCCAUCCGCCAGGGCCACUUCAUCGUGUGGGAGGGGGCGCCGGGCGCGCGGAUGCCCUGGAAGGGCCACCACCGCCACGUCUUCCUGUUCCGCCACCACCUGGUUGUCUGCAAGACCAGAAGGGAUUCCCGCACCGACACCUUCAGUUACGUCUUCCGGAACAUGAUGAAGCUGAGCAGCAUCGACCUGAACGACCGGGUGGAGGGUGACGACCGUGCCUUCGAGAUCUGGCACGAGCGGGAGGACUCGGUGCGCAAGUACCUGCUGCAGGCGCGCACGGUCAUCACCAAGAACUCGUGGGUGAAGGAGGUCUGCAGCAUCCAGCAGCGCCUGGCCCGGCCCGUGUGGCAUCCCCCAGAUUUCGAAGAGGAGCUGGCGGACUGCACAGCAGAGCUGGGCGAGACCGUGAAGCUGGCCUGCCGUGUGACGGGCACCCCCAAGCCCGUUGUCAGCUGGUACAAAGAUGGGAAGCCAGUGGAGGUGGAUCCCCACCACAUCCUCAUUGAAGACCCCGAUGGCUCGUGUGCCCUCAUCCUGGACAACCUGACUGGCGUGGACUCCGGCCAGUACAUGUGCUUUGCGGCCAGUGCCGCCGGCAAUGCCAGCACGCUGGGCAAGAUCCUGGUGCAAGUACCCCCACGAUUUGUGAAAAAGGUCCGGGCAGUUCCUUUUGUGGAGGGAGAGGAUGCGCAAGUCACCUGCACCAUUGAAGGUGCCCCACACCCUCAGAUCAGGUGGUACAAGGAUGGGGCCCUGAUAACGCCCAGCAGCAAGUACCGAACCCUGAGUGAGCCCCGCAGUGGUCUGAUGGUGCUGGAGAUCCUGACAGCCAGCAAGGACGACCUGGGCCAUUAUGAGUGCGAGGUGAGGUGGGCAGGCACAGGGGACCUACCUCGGGGACCACCAUCACCCAGGAUCCCUGAACCAUGA